AAACUUAUUAAAUAUAUCAAUUUGUGGUGAGGUGCGUGGACUGACCAUAAACACAAGAAAAACUUCAAAACGAGCUGCUCGAUGGCUUUGAAACGAAUAAAGAAGGAAUACGAAGACAUCGGCCGAGACCCUCCUGCACAGUGUUCAGCUGGGCCAGUUGGCGAUGACUUGUUUCAUUGGCAAGCAACUAUAAUGGGGCCACCAGAAAGCCCCUUCCAAGGAGGAGUCUUCUUUCUCAGCAUCCAUUUCCCCACAGACUACCCAUUCAAGCCACCGAAGAUCGCGUUCACAACCAAAAUUUACCACCCGAAUAUAAACAGUAAUGGAAGUAUAUGUCUCGACAUUUUACGAAGUCAGUGGUCGCCGGCGCUCACUAUAUCAAAAGUUCUACUGUCGAUAUGCUCGCUGCUAUGUGACCCUAACCCGGACGACCCGCUGGUGCCAGAAAUAGCCAGAAUGUACAAAACAGACAGGCAGAAGUACAAUAAAGUGGCCAACGACUGGACUCGUAAAUAUGCCAUGUGACACUAGCUGAGGUCGUCAGCUCACCAGGCAUUGUAUUGUAUUACGCACGAUCAUCAUCGAUUAAAGAGGCAAACAUUGGAAUAAGAACUCAGUUGAAACUUUUGUGUCAAUAUCCAAGUUGAAUUUAACUUCCAUCAUCUAUUAAUGUAAACAAGUGGCUUGCAAAAAUGGAACAUGCUUCGAAGCUCAUUUUGAACCGAAUUGAAUUUCUCUUUUUAAUCGCUCAAAGAAGGUACAUAAUCUGCGCUAUUAUUGAUCUACUAUUGAAAGUUUAAUUUGGUUGGCGUGUUUUGAAACACCAGCGUUGAGAUUAUAACAACUAUGGCAUUGUGCAGUUAAGACGAGAACUGUCUUUAAAAUAUCUCUCUCAAAUUAAUGUUCUCGUCUUUUAUUUAUGUGCUUGAUACUAUUUAAUUUUAUAGAGGAGAAACAAUUAGAAAGCAGUAAAUUGUUAAUUUUGUCUUUUCGCGGAACCGAGGAUUUCGUCUUCUCGCUGAAAUAUAAUAUUCGACUCAACUUGGGAUAAUUGACAACGAAGAUCCUCGGUAGCGGGUGAUUAAUUUGGGGUUUAUUUUGAUUGUUAUGAAACGCCAAAAUGCUACAACGUUAAUAAUGCCCUUUGUUUUGCCUAAUUUGUCUAGUUUCUUACUCAACUGCUAUCCAAUUCAAAUUCUGAUGA